CCUUAACAUGUUAUCGAUUCACAUGUUUUCAUGCUGCUAGAAAAAAGGUAUUCACGCAGGAGGACACUGACCGGCACUUUUUAAAAUGAUUUUAAACUGGUAAACUUAUAAACGGCACACUUUCAAGUGCCCAUGUACUAAAUGUAGCUGGCGUCCAGAUUUAUGUAAAGGCAAGGCCUUUGUCAUUCCGAAGUUUCACUGAAGUCCAGGUUACAACAAAAAUGAAAGUCGGGAUUUCUUAUUGGGCUACAAUGUGCUUUCCUCUGGUGCUGCUUUAAAGCUAUACUUUGUGGAUUUAAUCAUCGAGUGGUCCCUGCAUGUGAUGAAACUGAGGACGUCUGUAAAUUUGAGUUUGACGUUCGGUACAAAUUUUCCAUGGUGUAUUAUUUUAACGGGUACUCCACUCCCAUUGUUGUCAGGAACGGAACUUUACUGAAGAGAUCGGUAUAUAACAGUGAAAAGUUUGAACCUCUUACCCCUGAAGAACUAGAUGAAGUUUUAACUGUCGAUGGAGUCUAUAGACUAUUAUUCAGUAUAAAUGGAGAGAUGCCGGGUCCCCCUAUAGUUGUAUAUGAAGGACAAGUGAUCGAGGUCAUGGUAAAGAACAGUUUAUCUAAUGAAGCGUUCACGAUUCACUGGCACGGAAUGAUUCAGAAAAACACGCCAUGGAUGGAUGGAGCUUCCAUGGUUACCCAGUGUCCAAUCAACUCUGGCGACUCAUUUCUGUAUAGGUUUAAGGCAGAACCACGUGGUACCCAUUGGUAUCACUCACAUCAAGGUACCAUGAGGACUGACGGACUGGCAGGUCCUUUAAUUGUCCUCCCACGUGAUGAGCGGUUAGACAUACCGGAAGUGGAGGACGACUUUAUUCUGAUGAUCCAGGAUUGGAAUAGGAACAUAUCAUCCCUGGAAAGUCACCAGAUUCAACAUUAUAACAUGCACUUAUACACCAAUAAUUUUAAUUGUACGGACAACUGUUACCUGCCUACUCACACAGCGGAUGGGACUAAUAUGGGCGUAGUGCCAUUCCAUUCUGGACUUAUUAACGGAAAAGGUCACUAUUACCCACAUAAGUCGUAUGAUCCAUUGAUUGCGGAAAUUCCAAUAGAAACAUUUAAGGUGAAACCUGACAAGUACUACCGCUUCCGGGUCAUCAAUGCCGCCAUGAUGUUUUCCUUCCGGUUUUCAGUUGACGAACACAUGAUUCAUGUUAUUUCUACCGACGGAAAUGACGUAGAGAUGGAGACUGCACAGUCAGUGAUUAUUUCCAGUGGUGAACGUUUUGAUAUCCUUGUAAAGACAGAUGCAAACCCUAGAAAAAACUAUUACAUUCGGGCAGAAACAACCGAAGUCAAAAACAGACACAAUGAGGAAAUUUAUCCCGGAAGGACUUUGGCAGUUCUAAGAUAUGAAGACGCCCCGGAGGAAUUGCCAAAGACGACCCGCCAUGAGUGUACAAGAGAACGAGUGUGUAAAGUUCUUAACUGUCCAUUUGAACUAUACCCUGCAGAUGCUAAUAUUAUGUGCAUGUCCACUGCCGACUUCCGGUCUACACAGGAAAUGGUGAGCAGACAGCCGGUCCCCAUGCCUCCAAGGGGCGAGGAAAUUCGGGAGGACUUCCUUAACUUUCACUAUGCUGGGAAGAAAGGAAGUCCUUUCAUGGCGGCCAUUAAUGGAUACAAGUUUGAGUUUCCAACAUGUCCCCCACAGAUAACAUAUGACCCUCCCGCGCGCACUUGUUUCAAUGACUGUCAGGAUCAUGACUGCGAGGAUUACUGUGAAUGUACUCACACCCUGAAGUACGAUCAGCUGCCACUGAACACGGGGGUACAGAUGGUCCUUGUAAAUAAGGAUACGUUUAUUGGGGCUACAAAUCAUCCUAUUCACAUACACGGCCAUCACGUGCACAUCCUUAAGAUUGGCUACCCGGAAGUCGACCACGAAACUGGGUUAAUUGUGCAUGACACACCCGACAUCAGAUGCCGGGGACAAGAUUGUAAAUAUCCAGCCUGGAUACGUGAUGAAUGGGCAGGCGGGAACCUUCCAGGUCUCAAUUUAAAAAAUCCACCGUUAAAAGACACUGUUGUAGUACCACGCAAGGGUUAUGUUGUGCUGCGAUUUCCUCUUGACAACCCAGGGUACUGGUACAUGCAUUGUCAUAUGGAAGCCCACCAAUUGGAGGGAAUGACGAUGAUAAUCAAGGAAGGACUUCAUUCUGAGCAGAAGAGGCCCCCAAAGAACUUCCCCACCUGUGGCGAUUAUACUUGGUCAUUUGAUGAAUACGAGGACAUUGUCAAUGGACCCACAGUUGGUCUCGGGGCAGUGGCUACAAAUGGCGCCCAGGGUGAAUACACCAAAGAAUCCGCUACAGGGUACCAGGCCACGGAUGCCCAGGGUUACGCCUCACAGACAACUGUUACAAUUCUGAUUGUCGCCCUUUGUGCCACUCUUCUGUGUCUGGCUAUAGUUAUCAUCAAAUUAGUUAGAUGUAACCCUAAGCAAGUCAUUGUGAGUAGAGGAUCGUACAACGAAGGAGUCAAAUCCCACUCUUCCAAACUCUCUGGAACCGACAGACAACCGUUGUUGUCUUCUAGACCAAAAGUCACAGAAAUAGAAAUAUGAUGUAAACACUGUAAAGUAGUUAUAAUAUUCCUCAUGAUUUUGAAUAUUUUACAGAUAAAAUUUUAUCAAAGGAAUGAAUUUUACAGAUACCCAAUCUGAUUAAAGACAAUAAGGCCUGAUUUUAUACAAUAAACCGAUUUUCUCCGUCUGCAA